ACCGAACAAAAAAAUCGGUUCGUUUGGUUCGGGUUUGUAAAGAGGAGCAGCGCGCUCGGAAGCAAAUAUAUAAAACCUAAACCUAAAACCCUUUUCUGGCUCGUCUCCUCCUGUGUCUCUGUUUUCCUCUCUUCCCUCGCAAAACCUCUGAGCUGAGGUGAGCUUGAGCUUCCGCAAAACCCUCGCAGAGCUUCUUCCACUCCGGCGCCAUCUUCCGUCGAUUCCCAUCAAUUGCAGAAAUGCUGCGCCGGAACAUCAGACUCCGUAGGGAGUAUCUCUACCGGAAAAACCUCGAAGGCAAGGAGCGACUGCUCUACGAGAAGAAGCGGAAGAUGAAGCAAGCCCUAGAAGAGGGUAAGCCGAUUCCUACUGAGUUGCAUAACGAGGCGGAUGCGCUUCGCGCGGAAAUCGACCUUGAGGACGAGAAUACUGCAGUCCCCAGAACUCACAUAGAUGAUGAGUAUGCGAAUGCGACCGAAAAGGAUCCAAAGAUUCUGCUUACAACAUCUAGGAACCCUAGUGCUCCUCUUACGCAGUUUGUGAAGGAAUUGAAAUUUCUCUUCCCCAAUGCUCAGAGAAUGAACCGUGGUAGUCAGGUUAUAUCUGAAAUUAUUGAAACUUGCCGCAGUCAUGAUUUCACUGAUGUCAUUUUAGUUCAUGAGCAUCGUGGGGUUCCCGAUGGUUUAACUAUAACCCACCUUCCUUUUGGUCCAACUGCGUACUUUGGAUUACUGAAUGUGGUUACGAGGCAUGACAUCAAAGACAAAAAAGCAAUUGGCACAAUGCCAGAGGUGUACCCCCAUCUGAUUCUUAACAACUUCUCAACGAAGUUGGGAGAGAGGACUGCGAAUAUUUUGAAGCAUCUAUUUCCAGUGCCAAAGCCCGAUUCCAAGCGGAUCAUUACUUUUUCAAAUCAAUCUGAUUAUAUUUCAUUCAGGCAUCAUAUUUACGAGAAGCAUGGUGGUCCAAAAUCCCUUGAGCUCAAAGAGAUUGGUCCUCGGUUUGAACUUCGCCUUUAUCAGAUAAAGUUGGGUACGGUGGACCAGAGUGAGGCCCAGAUCGAAUGGGUUAUCCGGCCAUAUAUGAACACGUCACGGAAGCGAAAUUUAUUGGCGAUUAAUUAGCUAUAUAUUUGGCUUUAUACUAAUUUAUCAUUGUCAUUUUUUUUUUUGGGGAUUCUGUGCCGUGAAUUGUCUAUCGGGGUCUUGUAGUAUUGCACUGAUCUCGGCUCAUUACCUGGUGUCUUAAGUAGAAGAUGAAAGGUUGGCUGGAGUUCAUAACAUUGCUCAAAUAGAAUUCAGAAAGCCGGCCGGCAGAACACGUAAUAAUCCAAUUUUGGCACAGCCAACCUGGGUCAAUAAAGGUGACCGACAAAGCGGGUAUGCAUGAGAGAGAACAAAAUAAAUUCAUUUUGUUUGCUGCCCUUGAAACUUAUCAACGGUGGUAACCUGUAAGAAGUAUAGCAACCAAAGUAGAAGUUGGAGAAGAAGAGUUAACUGAACAGAGAAGCCCCAUCACCCUGGAACUUGGGAACACGCUGCGGGUUGAUAACAUUACGAAUCAGAAGCUUUCUGGCCA